CAGGACUUGAGCGUGAAAAGGAUCGAUCGGACAUACAAAUAACCGUCAAAUCAUAAAAACUCUCGAUCAAUAUGCGAGAAACUUGUAGAGACUCUGCAGUCCAUACUACAGACUGUCUGAUCCUGCAUGCAGCUACACGUGGAGGAGAUCCAGGUGUGUGAGGUUCACUGAAGAGAGGAUCAGUGGAUGUGCUGAGAUGAAAUGAAGAGGUGAAAACAAACAUCAGAGUCUGAUUCAAAUCUAAACUUCACCAAUUCAAACUUCACUCUGAUUAUUAGAUGGCGAGAGGAAAACUUCCAUCCCUAAAAGACGGGGGAACAUCAAGACCAGUCUGAGUGAAUCACACUAAAAGACACUGAACAUUCAGAUUCAUUCAUUCACAAGUUAAGUAGACAGAGACCUGCCAUGGAAGAGAUUGUGAGCAAGCUUGGAAACAUCAGCCGUGAAGUACGACAAUACAUCGAUGAACGCAUUACAGUCAGAAGACUGGGACUUUGGAUCUGUGCAGUGGGACUUCUUACAGCUCUGGUCCCUUGGGGAGGAAGCUUGGCUGUGGUGGAGGCAAUAAGAGGAGCAGCAUUAAGAGCAGCAAUAGUAGGAGCAAUAGGAGUGACAAUGGUAGGGCCAACAGGAGCAGCAAUAAUAGGAGUAGUAAGAGGAAUUAUAUCAGACACUAUAUCAAGAAAAACAUUAGAAAAAUUAGCAAGAAUAUUUGCGUUGAUAGAAGCAGCAACAGUAGCAACAAUAGUAGCAGCAGUGAAAGAACUAAAAGGAGUAAUAAGUAGGACAAAAGUAUUAAUAGGAGGAGCUAUAGACGAAGCUUUAUUUGGAAUAAUAGUAGGAAUAUUAGCAGCAAUAGUAGCAGCUUUAGUAGCAGCAAUAGCAGUAGUAAUAGGUGCAGCAAUAGGAGCAGCAAUAGGAGGAGGAAUAGGAGCAACAAUAGUAGCAGCAGUAAAAGAAGUAAAAGGAAUAAUAGGAGGAGCUAUAGACGAAGCUAUAUUUGGAAUAAUAGGAACAUUAGCAGCAAUAGUAGCAAAUUUAGUAGCAGCAAUAUUAGUAGCAAUAGGAGUAAUAAUAGGAGGAGGAAUAGUAGGAGUUAUAGUAGCAGCAGUAGUAGGGGGAGCAGUAAGAGUAGAUAUAGGAGAAAAUAUACUUGAAACAUUAAAAGUAUUAUUGGUAACAACAGGAGCAGCAUUUAUAGGAGCAUAUGUAGUAGCACCAAUAGUUGCAGCAAUAGAAGCAGCAAUAGAAAGCACAACAGGAGCAUUAACUGGAGCAUCAAUAGGAGCAGCAAUAGGAGGAGGAAUAGCCGGAGCAGCACUAGGAGGAUUUAGAGGAGAUUUUGGAGAAAUAUUAGGAGAAAGGCCAGAAGAAAGACCAAGAGAAAUACAGGGAGCAAUACGAGGGGCGAUAAUAGCAGCAGAAAUAGCAGCAGAAACAGCAGCAGAAAUAGCAGCAGUAGGAGCAGCAAUAGGAGGAACAAUCAUUGGAGCAGCAGUUGCAGGAAUGAUAGGAGGAGCAACAGCAGGAGCAGCAAGAGCAACACUAGGAGCAGCAGGAGUAGCAGGUGCAUCAACACAAAGAGGAAGAGACGCAGCAACUGUCAGAGCAAUAGUUGGAGCAGUAGUUGGAGCCAUUGGAGGAGCAAUAGUAGGAGCAAUAGCAGGAGGAACAGGAGGAACCAUUGAGGGAGCAAUAGGAGCAGCAUUAGGAGCUGACAUAGGGGGACAAAUAGGAGCAACAACAGGGGCAAACAUAAGAGAAGAAACAGGAUUAGCAAAAGCAGCAAUAGCACCGAUAAUAGGAGCAGCAACAAGAGGAGCAAUAGAAGCAGGAUUUGGAGCAAUAAAAGGAGGAGUGAUAGGAGCAUCAGCUGGAGCAGGAUUAGGAGCAAUAGGAGCAAUAGAAGGAGGAACAGGAGCAGUAACAGGAGCAAUGAUAGGAGGAGCAAUAGGAGGAGGGGUAUGUGCUGUGACUGCCAUCUGGAACCAGCAGAAGAAAGAGAGCUAGAGGAAAGCACAGAAGAAGCAGAAGAGCAGGUAAAAGACUUCAUGAAGAUUGAGUUGUGCUGAGAAGUUGAAGGAAUCAUCAGAACUUUCAUUCCAGUUGGGGGUCACGGAGGACUGGAGCCUAUCCCAGCUUCCACUGGGCGAGAGGCGGGGUAUACCCUGGACUGGUCACCAGUUAAUUGCAGGGUUGGCAUGUAGAGACAAACAACCAGGCACACUCACAUCUACGAGCAAUUUAGAGUCACCAAAUAAACUAACUGGAUGUUAUUGGUGGUGGGAGGAAGCUUGAGUACCUGGAGAGAACCCACACAUGCACGUGGAGAACAUGCAAACCCUGCACAGAACCUACAAACUCCAAAAUCAAAAGAACUUAGUCUUAAAUCAGAGUAGACAUUUGUGUGAAAUUUGAAGGAAUACGCCAAAACAUUUUUGAGAUAAUGUAUUCAAAGCAAGGGGUGAACAUGAGGCCCAGUGACUCUGACAUAAGAUCUUUAAAAUCUGAUGAGUUCAUCAUUGAGUCUGAGUGGAUGUUUGCAAAAAGUCUGACACAAAUUCCUCAAUAUGCUCCUGAGAUAUCAAUUUCAUGAACACGGACAGAACAUGGGGCCCACUGACCUUAAUCCUGGCCUUAGAACCCCCAAAAGCUAACAAGAUCCUUUAGUCAGAGUGGAAGUUUGUCCUAAGUUUGAAGAAAAUAUCUAAGAGCAUUUCUGAGAUAUCCAUAGACUGUGAAAGAACUGGACAAAGCCUGUGUGACGUCAGCUGUCCGCUUAUAAUAGGCAGACUCAAACUGCCGCUGAAGCCAAUCCACGGCAGGAUCCAUAUUGAAAUCAUGGUCUCACCCGAAAUUUGGAUCAACCUAACGGUCCGCCCACUAAGCUUGGCCUAAGCUGACUUCCUGUCAGCUAGUUAGCUGGCUAGCAUUCUGGUUGACAGAAAUGUAGCUUCCUCCUGCCGGGCUAUCUGUCAAUCAAAUGAGACGCACCAAUCAGCAAAGUUUUUCCUAAAUAUA